GAGCCGCUCCGCCCGCCGCGAGGGGAGGAGGCCGCGGCGGACGCGGUGCGCGGCGGCGGUGCCGCGGGCGACCGGCCCUGCGCGGGGGAGCUGGGCGUCCAGGCGUGCGCCACGGCGCCGCCGCUGCUGCGGGAGCUCAGGGAGAUGCGCGAGUUCAUGGAGGGGCUGCGCUCGUCGGUGGACGCCUUGCGGGGCGACGUGGACGCGAUGCGCCGCGGCGAGCCGCCGAGGGCCGCAUCAUCUCUCGAGCACCUGUCGAUCUGA